CUGAGUGACUCCACAGUGAUGUUCUUAGACGAAGAGUUCAGUGGCCGCGUGGACAACCUGACGCAGGUGAUGGGGCUCCACCCGCAUUAUCUGCAAGCCUUCCUGCGCUGCCACUAUUACCUCUUGAGGAUGGACGGCCCCCUACCACUCCACUACAGACAUUACAUCGCUAUAAUGGCUGCAGCGCGGCAUCAGUGUUCCUCGCUGGUGUGUCACCACAUGCAGGAGUUCGAGCAGAUAGGCGUGUGUUCUGAUUGGCUGAGAGGUCUGGAGUUCUGCCCGCAACGACUCCGCAACCUCAACGAGAUUAACAAGAUUCUCGCGCACAGACCCUGGCUCAUUACAAAGCAACAUAUACAGGCUCUGGUGAAGACAGGAGAGCACAGCUGGUCUCUGGCAGAGCUGGUUCAUGCUGUCGUACUGUUGGCUCAUUUCCAUGCCUUGGCUAGUUUUGUGUUUGGUAGCGGAGUCAACCCUGACCCUGAGGUCAACGGGGUCACGGAUGACCUUUGCCCUCGAGCCAUGGCGGGUUUAUGCACCUGUCACCUAACAAACGGCAACCAAGCCAACGGGAACCCCCUGCGUAACCCUAACACUGGGAGUGAGCUGGAAGCACUGAUGGAGAGAAUGAAGCGAUUGCUGGAGGAGAGAGAAGACGACGAUGCGUCCGAGGAGGAGAUGUUCACUCGCUUUGAGAAAGAAAAGAAAGAGAGUCUUCUGGUGGUGUCUGCAGGGUUUGAUGAGGAAGUGGUGCCCCCUUCUCCCGUGGCUCGGUUUGUAGACGACCCGUCGUUUGGAUACCAGGACUUUGCACGACACGGAGAAGACAACCCACCCACAUUUAAAGCACAAGACUACUCAUGGGAGGAUCAUGGUUUCUCUCUGGUCAACAGGCUGUACUCUGACAUUGGUCACCUAUUGGAUGAUAAGUUCAGAACGGCGUGUGAUCUGACCUAUUACAACAUGGCCAGUCACGAGGGGGUGGACACCAGCAUGCUGCGCAGGGCUCUCUUCAACUACGUCCACUGUAUGUACGGCAUCAGAUAUGAUGAUUACGACUACGGUGAGGUGAAUCAGUUGUUGGAGCGCAGUCUGAAGGUUUACAUCAAAACUGUGACGUGUUAUCCAGAGCGAACCACUCGCCGCAUGUACGAGAGCUACUGGCACCAGUUCAGACACUCCGAAAAGGUCCAUGUGAAUUUGCUUCUAAUGGAGGCUCGAAUGCAGGCAGAGCUGCUCUAUGCUUUGAGAGCCAUCACUCAUUAUAUGACCUGACCAAUCAGACGUCACCAAUUAACCAAUCAGACUUAAUCUUUUAGGUGAUCUGACCAAUUGAACCUCACCCACAAUAUGACCGGACAUUAUUAUUAUUAUGCCUAAAUUUAACCA